GGAGUUACUGCUUUUUCUCCUGUUUAAACAUGUUAUCUCUAUUUGUGUGGCUCAAACUGAAAAAAUUACUUUCAAAUCUUUUGUGUGGGUCCAAUUCUUACUGUUUUCUCAUGUAUCAGAUGAUACAGGAAAUCGACUUCGGUUCCAGCUGGAGUUAGAGUUUGUUCAAUGUCUGGCAAAUCCAAAUUACCUCAACUUUCUUGCACAAAGAGGCUACUUCAAAGACAAAGCUUUUGUAAAUUAUCUUAAAUAUUUACUUUAUUGGAAAGAACCUGAAUAUGCAAAAUACCUGAAGUAUCCUCAAUGUUUGCAUAUGUUAGAGCUGCUCCAAUAUGAACAUUUCCGCAAAGAACUGGUAAAUGCUCAGUGUGCUAAAUUUAUUGAUGAGCAACAGAUUCUUCACUGGCAGCACUACUCACGGAAAAGAAUGCGCCUCCAGCAAGCACUUGCAGAGCAGCAGCAACAGAACAACACCUCUGUAAAAUGAAAAGCACUUGGAAGAGUGAUGAUAAGGUGUACUUUGUGUCAGUUGAAGUAUUUACAAUGAACCUUUUUGUAAGUUUGGCUCUGGGUGUGUGUACAUUUAAUUUUUGAUUUAUCAAUUGACUGUUUUUUUCCACCUUUUUUAAAGAUAAAAGACUGAUAAACACCUACAAUUUAUUUU